AUGACUGGCACGGACCGCGACGACGACGGCGCUGCCGUGGCCCGCGUGGAGCCAAAGCAUGUGGUUCGCGACAAGCUGGUUCGCCACUGGCUGGAGGGCGAGGCUGGCCGCGACCUCGUUGCCACCUUUGCCUCCUCAAUCAAUGGCAUUGCGGCCGCAUUAGAGUCGCAGGUCAUGCGUGACGCGGUUGCCGGAUCGCUCCGGCAGGGGGCAGGGGUGGUGCGAUCGGAUGCGGCGCGCGUGCUCAUUGCCAAUAGCCUCGACGUCGCCGCCGAGACCAUUGAGGCGGACUCCGCGGGCCGUGCGCUCGCCGACGCCCUCCGUGCGGUGGUGCAUACGGCAGAGUCGGACUCAGCGCACGCAGCGGUUCAAACGGCGGUCCAGAUGAUCGAGCCUCCCGUGCGCCUGGGCACGACACUCGUGCGGACUGCCGUCGAGAGCCAGACCGUGCAUGCCGCCCUUAGCCUCGCGGAGCAUCCUGUGGUGCAGGCGGUGCUUCAUAGCGAGACAGUGGAAUCGACCGAGCGGUGGACCAAGUGGGCGCUCCAGCGGAUGGGCGCGAGCGAGACGGUGCGAGGGCUCGGGGAGAGGACCAAACAGCUGGUGAGCGGAGCUGUGCAGAGCGACCUCGUCCAGUCCGCGGUCCUCAGACCCGAGUUUGCUUACUGA